CGAAGCCCGGCGUCGCGGAUGGCGAGCGGGGUUAUCAAAUGUAAGGCAGCUGUUGCCUGGGAGGCUGGUGAGCCAUUGUCUAUUGAGGAGGUGGAAGUUGCACCGCCAAAAGCUCAUGAAGUUCGCAUCAAGAUUGUUGCCACUGCUGUGUGCCACACUGAUGCUUACACCCUAAGUGGGGCUGAUCCAGAGGGCUCUUUCCCUGUGAUUCUGGGCCAUGAAGGAGCAGGAGUCGUGGAAAGUGUUGGGGAAGGAGUGACUAAAUUUAAACCAGGGGAUACAGUCAUCCCUCUGUAUAUCCCACAAUGUGGAGAAUGCAAGUUUUGUUUAAAUCCUAAAACUAAUCUUUGCCAGAAAAUAAGAGUCACCCAAGGAAAAGGACUGAUGCCAGAUGGUACCAGUAGAUUUACAUGUAAGGGAAAGCAAAUUCUCCACUUCAUGGGAACCAGCACCUUCUCCGAAUACACCGUUGUUGCAGAUAUUUCUUUGGCUAAAAUAGAUGCUUCGGCUCCUUUGGACAAAGUCUGCCUGCUGGGUUGUGGGAUUUCUACUGGCUAUGGUGCAGUUGUAAAUACUGCCAAGGUGGAACCUGGUUCAACUUGUGCUGUCUUUGGCUUGGGUGGAGUUGGGCUUGCUGUAAUCAUGGGCUGCAAAGUGGCCGGUGCAUCCCGGAUUAUUGGGAUUGACCUCAACAAAGACAAGUUUCCAAAAGCAAAGGAAUUUGGGGCCACAGAGUGCAUCAGCCCACAAGACUUUCAGAAGCCUAUCCAGGAGGUCCUUGUUGAGUUGACAGAUGGAGGAGUAGAUUAUUCAUUUGAGUGCAUCGGUAACGUUGGCGUCAUGAGGGCAGCUUUGGAAGCUUGUCACAAAGGCUGGGGAGUCAGUGUGAUAGUGGGGGUUGCUGCUGCUGGUCAGGAGAUUGCCACUCGCCCAUUCCAGCUGGUCACUGGACGAACAUGGAAAGGGACUGCUUUUGGAGGUUGGAAGAGUGUUGAGAACGUACCAAAGCUGGUCACUGAAUAUAUGUCCAAGAAGAUAAAAGUGGAUGAGUUUGUGACUCACACGCUGCCUUUUGACAAAAUCAAUGAUGCUUUUGACUACAUGCAUGCAGGAAAAAGCAUCAGAACUGUUCUGAAGUUUUAAGACGCUUCACGGAGGAACUCUGACCCUGUAGUAAAACUCUGCACACA